AGAUGAGUGGUGGAGCUGUUGGCGAUGGGCGCCACAUUUGAAAUCAGCCGAGGGCGUGGAGGGCAGCAUGGGUGAGUAGAUGUUGGGUGGGCCUAACACCAGCACUGGGGAAAAGACAUCUACUCAAGUUCUGUAACCAUGGAUGGAUUACUGAACAGGGUCAGGGGGAUCCAGACCCAGAGAACUGCGAGGGAACACUUUCUGUUGGAAGGAGGGGGCAGAGAAAGGCAAGGCUCUGUUGUCAGAUGUGUCAGUCUAGCCGGCCGGCACCUCCCACCUCAGCGGAGGCAUUACAUACUGCUGGUGCUGCUGCUCUUAGCAACGGUGCCUCGGCAACAGAGCCACGGCAACAGAGCUCCACGGCAACAGCGUGCCGUGUCUCCCCAAUGGAGCUGCCAUUGGGCGGACCAGCACUCAGGCACUACACCCAGAGCAGACCAAGACCUCACCGACAACAACUGAACUACCGUCCCAGCAGACCGCAGGAGACAAUAAUUGAGAGUGAAAAUGAAGAAGUCCUUGAGCUCAUGGGGCGAGUGGAUGAAGGGGUUGAAGAGUUCUUUACUAAAAGAGUACUUCCGAGUGAUACACUGAAAAAGCAAGAUGAGGAAUCUAUCACAGUGCAGGAUGUGGCUCCUGCCACCUCUGUCCCUUGUCCUCCCCCAACCAAAACACUCAGGAGGAAGCUUGGUGAUUUCUUUACACUCAAAAAGAGACGAGGUUUGAAAUCAGAGACAAGCCACGAGGGGCGCCCCAAAAAGGCCUCCAUCGCAGAUCUCAUUCGCCCGCUCAGGGAGGUGGCCAGAGCUGAGAAAGACAGAGAUAAGGACCGAGUCAAGGAACAUGACAAGGAAAAUGAAAAGGAGAAAAUGAAAGAACAUCCCAGUGCUGUUGCUGGAGAGCCAACUCUUCAGGAGACACCUGUUCCUGGUGCUCUGCCACUGAGGGGUGAAGCAGUGCCUCCCCGCCGAGCUCUCAGAGAGGGGAAAUCCCAGUCUCUCAUUUUACUGUCUGGAUCCUCAGCGGCAGGGACUACCAAUAUCAGAAACAACUCAAAGAAACAGUUUGAGGGCCAGCACAGCUUUGAACAGAAACUCCAUCUCAUGCUUCAACGUAUUGGAGUUUCCAAGCCCCAGCCUGGAGAGACACAGAAUCAGGAAGGAGAAAUGAAAAAAGCUGAAUCUGAAGGUACUAUCAUUGACAGUAAACCCGAGCCACCUCCUACUUUCUCAAAACCUCGAACAAUGUCUGCGUCAUCAGAUACAAGGCAUCAAAUUCGGCCAAGUGUGUCGGCACACGAGUCAGCUGGGAAACCUGCUUUGCUGCCAAAGCCAGUUAUCAAGCCAGGUCCACCCCCCACAACAUCUGGUCGUAACACACCUGAAAACGAGCUUGCCCAAAUCCAGGAAGGGGAGACAAACAUCCCCACUAAUGUCAGCCCAACUGCAGCUCCGUCUUCUCCUGCUGCCCCUGCUACCACCACUCAUACAAUCUCAAACUCAGUCCCUGACUCAGCCAGUGUUUCCCCUUCAAGUACUGUGGGUCCCUCUGACACAGAUAUAUGCACUGACUCUGUUAACCCUGCUGCAGCAGCUACAACACCCACAAAAGUUACAGAGCUUGACAGCAAAUCUUCUGCUCCUGAAAUUAGUUCUACUACUACUGAACUUCCCACAUCUACCUUUCCAGCAACCCUGACAAGCACCACUACACCCACAGAGCCAGAGCCUGCCACUUCCUCAGUUACUUCCACUUCCUCUGAGUCUAUUACUUUGAGCCUCUCUGCCACUUUUGACUCAACAACAACAAUAACAACAACAACUACGCCUUCCAUUACCACCUUGGUAACUGUUUCCGCUCCCAGCAAUGAAAUCUCCACAGCAUCAACAAAUUUGCCAACUAUUCUCUCUGUUGAUGUUAGUCCUGCUGCUGGUGGUGAUGCAGCUGCUUCUGUCAUCACUGCAACGUCUUCACCUUCCACCAGUGUAUCAAAUAUGCCACCAAGCCUGUCUGCUAUCACCAGUUCAGUUGCUGAAGCUAGUGAUGACUCCACUUCAAGCUCUGUAACCACAUCACCACCUUGUACUCACUCAAGUGACUCCAUUACAGUGAUGGUUUCACCUGACACCCCCGUUACCACUUCCUUCCUGAUCUCCUCUGUCCUUCCUUCCACCACCACCACUAUAAGCCCAACAUCCACCAACUGCAUUAAGUCUGUCUCUCGCCCAGCCACCCCUGGUCACCCUGAGAUCUCUUUUCCCAUGACUUCUUCCAGUGAAACGGCCUCCACACAAACCACUUCCACCACCACCAGUUUAGGCCACGCAGAUACUACUUCGACCAGCAGUUCAGCAACCACUGUGGCAGUCAGCUCCCUGCUCAUGAGUGAGUCAGCGCCACCUUACACUGACAACAUCAGCACCGCCCUCACCACUCCAACUAUCUUUGGCCUCCCUGCUACUGAUAACUCAAGUGCUGCUUCUCACCAUUUGACCAGUCCAAGUGAAGAUAAAGAUCUGCAGACAUGUACCAAAGAAAGAUCCAGUGUAGAGCCUGCAGAAAAGGACUCCGUAGUUGACAAGGUGGUUGAGUUAACAGAGACGGAUGAAAACAAAGAAGUUGAUGAUGGUGGGAAGAAGAAUGAGGAUGAAAAUGAGAAACCGAUGCUGGGCAACAGUGAAGUGACAACAAAAGAAGUGGAGGAAGAAAGUGUGAAAACUAAAGAAGACACACUGGCUCAACCUCCGUUAGUGAAAGAGGGUGAGCAGCACAGCGAUGAGGGAGCGAUGAUAGAAGGUCAGCAACAAGAAGAAACUAAGUCAGCGAGUGAGAAGUAAUUUAAAAAAUAAAGAAACAAAGAAAUGGCUAAAUAUGGGACCAACUACUGUGACAGGGCAGGAGAGGCCACAGUAAAGGGUAAGGGGGGCACAAUCCAUGGAACUUCUUACAGGGACCACCACAUAACAGCAGCACAUCACAGAGGGUGGGCCACUGGACCAAAGAACUGAGAUCCCCUUGGUGUGAUGUAAUCAACAAAUCCAGCAGUGUCUUUGUCCUUUUUUAACUUGUGUUUGAAUUUUUUGCAUUGCACGUAUGAUUAUGUACUGUACCAUACUGUGGUAAAAGACACCAUGUUUACAAUAGAUGGAUAAGAGACAUAGUUAUAACUAUUAAAUGGAUUAUUGAAACA